AUGGCAUCAACGAGCGACAUUCUCACCCUUGUUAGCUCCAUCUUGCUCCGCGUCAGCAUAUGGGUGUUCUUGCGCUGGAUUGUACCGGCGCUUGCAACGGCACUCACGGCCAUUUACAUCCCUUCCUUCUUCACCAGUUUCCAAGACACCGAACAGUACAAGGUCAUAUCAGAUGAGCUUGACAUCAUCGUGAAAGACACUAUCUCUAGAGGUGAUGAUACGAGUGAAGAUGUUCAGCUCAUUGAGGGAGCAGACGAUGGGCCACUCGAAGAAUUGGACGUGGUGGAAACGAUCCAGUACGAGGAAAGGGAGCCUAAGAUCCUGAGGACAUUGCUCACAGGCCUUCCGAGUCCCUCGUCUGCACUAUGGAGUUGGAUCACGUUUGCCAUAAACAUGGCGCUCAUCGCUAUGGCAUUGGAUGUCGUGUAUCGCGCGCCGCUCCUCCACCAAUGCCACGACGCGUCGUUUGGACGCGUCGGUUACGUGUCAGACCACAGCGCAAACAUUCUGGUCAGAGAGCCAUAUGCGUUCGAUGUCAGAGUGCUGUACCGAUCAAUCGAUGAGCCGAACCGCUCAUGGAUGCACAAGAUCCAUCCCUCCAGCCAACCGAGCCACUGGCUUACGAACGAGACCGACUUCACCACUGUGCUUAACCUCGACUAUUUGCGCCCAGACACACAUUACGAAUAUGUCAUCGAGACAUCAAGCGGAAACAAGACGGGCACUUUCAUGACUGCACCUCGACCAGGUCGCACAUCGUCGCUCAAGGACAACAAAUACACCUUCGUUCACUCGAGCUGCAUCAAGCCGCGUGUACCAUAUACACCAUUUCAACACCCGCUUGAGUUCCCUGGCAUGAAGCAUCUUGCAAACUGGCUUCCCGAGCUCCGCCCGUACUUCAUGCUCUUCCUCGGAGACUUUAUCUACGUUGACGUCCCGCACCGACAGGGCAAAGACUCUGAGACAUAUCGACGCGAGUACCGCCAGGUCUAUUCCUCUCCGUCCUGGCCGGCGGUCAGCGACCACCUGCCUUGGAUCCACGUAAUCGAUGAUCACGAGAUUCACAACGACUGGAACUCGAACAUGACAGGGGUCGCAGUCCCUGCGUACGAUGCCUUCACGCACUACAAUGCCGCGCCAAACCCACCCGCGCAUCGUAAAGGCCACACAUACUUUUCCUUCACGCAAGGCCCGGCAGACUUCUUCCUUCUCGACACCCGCCGCUACCGUAGCCCAGAAACCAAAGACCCGAACGAUCCAGCGAAGACAAUGCUCGGCCAGCAACAACUAGACGAUCUCAUCGCCUGGAUCCACAAAGUCCCACACAACGGCGUGAACUGGAAGUUUAUCGUUACCGGCAUUCCGUUCACCAAGAACUGGCAAUUCGGUUCCGAGGAUACUUGGGGCGGCUACCUCCACGAGCGCCGCAUUAUCCUCGAAGCUGCUUGGGAACUAUCCUCCACUGCGGGCGUAGGCGUUGUCAUUCUCUCCGGAGAUCGCCACGAGUUCGCAGCUACCUCGUUCCCACCACCUGCAGGCUCGAGGUGGCCUGUCAGUGCCACGGUGCACGAGUUCAGCACGUCUCCGUUGAGCAUGUUCUACCUGCCAUUCCGCACAUACAAGGAGAUUGAUGACGAGGAUGUAUGCAUCAAAUACCUUCCCGAUGGCAAUAGCAAAUUCGGCGCCGUGGAGAUUACGAAUCCGCCACAUGGAGAGCAGAGUCUGCUCAACUACAGGCUGUUCAUCGACGGUAAGGAGGCUUGGACGCAUGUCAUUUCUACUCCGCCGAGUAGGGAUGGAAGUCACAGGGCGAAGGAUGCGGUGUGGGGUUAAGGGGAAUCGGCGUUCAGCGAUGGGAUAUAUGCGAAUAUAGUAAUUCUUCAGUUUAGCGUUAUUCGCAGGGCGCAGGACGGAUAGCGGGUUGAGAGCAUUUCGGGUAUCAUCUUAACGAGCUAAAUUCACUUCUUCUUCCCACCCGCACCCCA